CUGGCAUUAUCAACCAAACUUUCCAGAAAGAUUCUCAAGAGAAAUCAAGUUUGUUCACAGGAAGUGCCCCCCCACCCCUCUUUUAAGGAAAGACAGAAGUAAUUAAGGAUUGGUUAAUAUUGAGUGGUAUGGGUAGCCAGGGACUGUUUAAUUGAUCAGAGAACAGCACCGCUAGAAUCACAAUCUACCUAUUUACAAUAAUCUGGCAGUUUGUCAAGUGAAAACGUAUUGUCUGAGUGCCAUACAGACAUUUAAAGCACAAACCAGCAGAUAAACAGUGAAGAGCUCAGGGAUUGGACCGAGUUAAUGCUCUCUGAACCACCAUAAGGAUCAGCCAUGCCUCUAAUGGUUGAAGGCAAACACAUGGGGGUGCCCCCCAAGUCCCUGGAUGAGUUCCUGGAGCGCUACCCUCACUACAAGGAAACUUCUAAGAAUCUCUUGGAACAGAAAUGUCGAUCCAUCGUUCCCAUAGGACUUCUGUAUGUAGGACAGAGAGAGAUGGCCGCCACCACACCAGAUGAUGAGAUGAUACAGAUGAUGGGUACUGAGGAUGCCACGACUUGUCACAUCGCGAUUCUACGCCAUACAGGAUCAGGGGCUGUGUGUUUGUGUCACUUUGAUUCCUGUGGAAUUGAGACGGGAUGUAAGAAAAUGUUGGGACUGGUGAAAGAAUUAUCAAAGGAUAAGUUACCAGGCAGGAUAGAGCUCCACCUGGCGGGAGGGUUCCGCGACGAUAAGGGCAUGUCAGAGGAGCUGUCAAUCAAACUACUGACUGCUUUUAAUAAUCUACCUGAGGAAAUCCAUUUACAGACCGCCUGUAUAACAGAUAUAAAUAAUACAAAGAAGAACUCAGUUAACUUCCCUGUUAUCUAUGGUUUAGUGAUACACCUUAACAGUGGAGAAAUCCAGAAAGCUACAUUUUUAGAUCGGGGUCCGGAUCAACCAAUCAGAUCAGCUCGUCAUUUCACAGGAAGUGAAGAGAUUAUCAACAUUUAUGACCACAAAAAGGGCCUCCUGUCCAUUGGUCCAUUUAACUACAGUACUAUGGACGAGAUAGACCUUCUGUGUCGACUCCCAGAUCAGUUCAUUAGAGAGCACCUCUCCACGUCCCCUGAGCAGGAACCACCCCACUUUGAGGACGCCGUCCGGGCAGCUUUGGUUCAGAUCCGGGACCACCCGGAACCGCUUAAAACAGUGUUCAAAGAUGGCCGACCGCGCCAGUACAAACUGGAAUCCAACGGGUCCUGGACCAACCGAAACGUGUGAAAUAUUGAACGCUUAACUGACUAAACUGUGAUACAUGAUUAUUUUUGUACAUGAAUCAAGCUAUUUAUUAGUUGUUAGUACCGAUUUCCAUUUGUUUAUUUAUUUAGGAAUCACUUCCUGUUUUGUUGUCGGUUUGGUUAGCACUUUGUUGGACUGGAAAAUUCGACUUAGAUGUCGUUUUCUGGAUACACUUUAGUUUACACUUGCCAUUUUUCUAUUGUAGGAAAAAAACGAUGUCACAUAUGUAAUUUCAUGUAUGUGAUAAAAAUAAAGAAAUUUGAACUGUA